AUGCAACGGUGUUUAAUGCUUGCUGGCAAGCAGCCUGCGUAUCCAGUCAGUAAUAAUAAUGGCCCAUCCACCUCAAAUUCGGCGGCACCGUCAUCCCUAGAAGGAGUUAUCGUUCCUUCAUCACAACCUUUGCCCCCCGAAGAGCGUGACCUCGCGAUCCGAAUUUUUGACGAGAUUACUCUGCACUUUGAGCGUUCCCAGGAAACUGACAGCGGUUAUAAACCGAUCACUCUUAUCAGACUCAUGAAACACGAAGUCUCAGAGACAGACGAAUUCUUGAGCUUCUUUUUCUCCUUUACCGGGCAAGAUCUACUUGACGAGGAGGAUGGAGGAAUCGGUCUUGAUCGAAUCUUAUUACACCUUGCUGGUUUUUCUAACUGGUCAACUGAAGAGCAAGGCACUUUAAGCGAAAGUCUCGUUACAUUUGCCAAGUAUCUGGUGGACAAUUUCUUCCUACCCCUAAAAGCAUUAGCAGCUAAAACCCCUCAACCUACCCCUGCCUCCUCCCGGUCCAAACUGCACGAACUCGCCAUUGGAACCCCUCAACGCGUUUCGAACCUUCGAAAAGACUGUCUUCGUCGUGACCGCCACCGAUGUGUUAUUAGUCGGAAAUUCUAUGCCCAAGAAGCCCAGAAUCGAUAUAAGCGAGAUGGGCGUGAUGUGAAGGAUGAUGAUGGCAAGUCACUACUACCAGAACGCGAUAUCAUGGCGUAUCUGGAAGUUGCGCAUAUAAUGCCCCACUCCCUUAGGUCAAUUACCAGCGGAGGGAGUGAAGGGAGACUUUUAUUCGGUAACUUUGAAAUUGCAUUCGAGCCGGUUGACUCCCAACCGCACACCUACAGAAUUAACUACAUAGAUUCAGACCGCAUGGGCCGGGUCGAAAAGCUCCCCGUCACUGUUAGCCUCUUCAUUACACCCAAUCGGGAUGUAGAGCCGCCUUCGCCUGAACUUCUUAGAAUCCAUGGUGCUAUUGGACGCAUCCUCCAUCUCAGUGCCGCUGGCGAGUAUAUCGAUGAGUUCAUUAGAGAUCUAGAAGAGAUGGAGAGUGGUGAAGUGAUGCAGAACGGAACUACUCGUCUUGAUGAUUAUGUUCGGUUUAGGGUUUCCUACAGCUAGGUAGUCCUCUCUAUCUUCAUCGUCUUGGUCCCUGCAUUAUGCCAGGCUCAUCGUGUGGAGGCACUUUGACGAAACAAAGCUAAAUGGGUGGAGACUGCGGUGCACCAGAGUGUCGGGAAUCCGGCUUUGUUGAAUCCGUCAA